UUAUAAUUAAAAAAAUAAAUUAUUCAUAAAAUCCAAAAACAAUUGAAUCAAAUCAUUAUUUUCACUCAUUUUUCUAUUAUUAAGUAUCACUUCAUUUAAUUGGUGACUCAUUUUUACCGAUCCAUCACUUGAUUUGUGGUCAAAUGGCCGGUUGUCUCGACAAUAUUCAAAUACGACGUCCCGAAUGGUUGGACUUCGGAGAGAAGCGAAACGCCGUGGCCUCGAUAGCUGCCGGCGCUGCCUUUUUCACGGGUUGGUGGAUAAUCAUUGACAUCUCUGCCCGAUAUACUGAUGGCAAUGACUUUUACAGCGCAUACCACGUGUGCGGCGUUUUGGGCACUCUUUCGCUAUUCAUGAUUAACGCCGUAUCUAAUGGUCAUAUCAGAGGCGAUGCCUACUCUAGUGGUGUGUUUGGUCAGACAGCGGCCAGAAUUUGGCUAUUCAUUGGUUUUGUGUUGGGUUUCGGUUCAGUAAUCGCUGCCAUUUGGAUACUAUUUGGCGUUUAUGUAAUACCCGGCAAUAAAAAGACGGUUUAUCCGGGAAUCGGCAUUUUCUUUCAAAAUGUUCUCAUAUUUAUCGGUUCACUUGUAUUUAAAUUUGGACGAACUGAAGAUCUGUGGAAUUGAUUUUAUAAAAUAUUAAUCUCAAUUUAUUUUUAAUUAAUUUAAUUUACUUAU